AUGUGGUUCUUCUUGAACACUCGGAUCCUUCAAAUAGGUCAGCCAGAGAAGGAGGCCAGCCGCGAUAUCGUGAGUCACAUAUUGCUGAAGCAGAGCGUGCGAGCUCUGCAACCGUUGAUUGACCGGAACAUGGCCAUCCUGCUUCAACGCCUCGGCGAGUUUGCCACAAAAGGGACCCUCUUGAAGCUAGAUGACGCUUUUGCCGCCUUAACCAACGAUAUUGUCCAGUACUACGCCUUCGGGAGGAGCGAGCAUCGCCUCACGGCCUCAGGCUUUGACCUUUCUUUCAGAGAUGCAAUGCUGCAGGGCGGCAAAGCAGGCCACGUUCUGAAGCACUUCCCGUUACUUAUGGGCAUGCUACGCAAAUUGCCUGACUCAGUGUUGGUUAAGCUAAGCCCGGCGAUGGGUGCCUACUCGCAGCUUCAAACCGGCAUCAAGCGCCAGGUUUCCGAGAUCCAAGACGCGCACCGGACACAGGCGUACGAGAAGACGCGGCGCACCAUCUUCCAUGAGAUCCUAAACAGCAAGCUCUCCCAAUACGACAAAUCGACUGACCGCCUCUGGCAGGAAGGUGAGGUUGUUGUGGCCGCGGGAACCAUCACAGCGGCGUGGGCACUAGGCGUGUCGACGUUUUUUGUGCUUGAAACGCCUGCCAUCCUGACGCAGCUGAAAGCCGAGCUCCAGGCUGCUAUUCCUGAUCCGUCGCAGCCACUAAGCCUUGUCGUCCUCGAGGGCCUACCCUUCCUAACGGGAGUGGUCCAGGAGGGUGUCCGCCUCAGUCACGCGAUCUCGCACCGACUGCACCGCAUUUGCCCAGAUGAGAUGCUCGUCUACCGCUCAAGCUUAGGUAAUCGCGAGUGGCAUAUCCCCCCCGGCACGCCGCUCAGCAUGACCAGCAACCUUGUCCACCAUGACGAGCGCGUCUUCCCGGACUCGCACGCCUUCAAGCCUGAGCGCUGGGUCGGGAACCCUCGCCUCGACCGUUACUUGGUGUCCUUUGGCAAGGGCGGCAGAGCCUGCCUUGGGAUUAACUUGGCGUACGCGGAGCUCUAUCUCACCCUGGCGGCGCUAUUCAGGGUAUACGGUACAGCGCAGGUUCAAGGAAAAGAUGAUGUUGGUACGCUGGAGCUUUUUGAGACGACUGCUGCAGACCUGGUUAUUACCAGUGGAACAGUCGUCCCUGUAAUGCCCGAAGAGUCCAAGGGCUUGCGGGUGAAGGUCCACACGAAGUCCAAGUAG